AGCUCCCGCCCGCCGCCCGCCGCCCGCCGCCAGCCCGCCCCGGUGACCUUCACGGGCCCGGGCGGCCGGCGCAGGCCCGGGCGGCGGCGGCGUGAUGUUCGUGCAGGAGGAGAAGAUCUUCGCCGGCAAGGUGCUGCGACUGCAUAUCUGCGCGGCCGACGGCACCGAGUGGCUAGAGGAGGCGAGCGAGGACACGUCGGUGGAGAAGCUCAAGGAACGCUGCCUCAAGCACUGUGCUCAUGGGAGCCUAGAGGAUCCCAAAAGCGUCACCCACCACAAACUCAUCCAUGCUGCUUCUGAGAGGGUACUGAGUGACACCAAGACCAUCCUGGAGGAGAAUGUGCAGGACCGAGAUGUCCUACUGCUGAUAAAGAGGCGCACCCCCGCCCCACUUCCUAGGAUGGCUGAGGUCUCGGCAGAGGAGAAGAAGAAGCAAGAGCAGAAGGCUCCAGACAAGGAGGCCAUACUCCGGGCGACAGCCAGCCUGCCAGCCUGCAGCGUGGACCGGGCAGCGGUGCAGACCACCAUGAGAGACUUCCAAACUGAGCUCCGGAAAAUCUUGGUGUCUCUCAUCGAGGUGGCGCAGAAGUUGCUGGCCCUGAACCCCGAUGCAGUCGAGCUGUUUAAAAAGGCAAAUGCUAUGCUGGAUGAGGAUGAGGAUGACCGCGUGGAUGAGGCCGCCCUGCGGCAGCUCACGGAGAUGGGCUUUCCUGAGAGCCGGGCAUGCAAGGCCCUUCGGCUGAACCACAUGUCAGUGCCGCAGGCCAUGGAGUGGCUGAUCGAGCACGCAGAAGACCCGGCCAUUGACACGCCUCUUCCAGGACAGGCUGCACAGGCUGUGGCUGGUGCUGCGGCUGCCGCUGCUGAGGUCACGGUGGACACUGCUGAGGGAGAUGAAGAGCGGGAUGAGCUCACGGAGAUCUUCAAGAGGAUCCGCAGGAAAAGGGAGUUCCGCGCUGACUCGAGGGCUGUCAUUUCCCUGAUGGAGAUGGGCUUCGAUGAGAAGGAGGUGAUCGACGCCCUCAGAGUGAACAACAACCAGCAGAACGCUGCUUGUGAGUGGCUGCUGGGAGACCGGAAGCCGUCCCCCGAGGAGCUGGACCAGGGCAUCGAUCCAAACAGCCCUCUCUUUCAGGCCAUCCUGGACAACCCCGUUGUGCAGCUGGGUCUGACCAACCCUAAGACUCUGCUGGCCUUCGAAGACAUGCUGGAAAACCCGCUGAACAGCACACAGUGGAUGAAUGACCCCGAGACAGGCCCAGUCAUGCUGCAGAUCUCCCGCAUCUUCCAGACGCUGAACCGUGCGUAGGCAGCCCCGGCCUGCUCGGCUGUCCCGCUACGGCCUCGGGGCGGGGGCACAGGCGCCCUUGUCCAAAGCUGUCUCCAGCUCAUGGGCCUAGGUCACCAGCGCUGCGCUGCUGUCCCUCCCUGCCUUACUGCUCAGAAACUCAUGGACAGUAAGGCCACGCUCCCAGCUUCCCACAGCCUUCCUGGAGGGGCUGUGUUGCUGGGUGGUGGCCGGCGUCCCCAGGUGCACCACUGGGCUGUGGAUGUGCUGCUAGGAGCGCCCGCUGCUGUGUGGAGCCUGCUUGUUCCUGAUGGAAGUGUUGCGCCUGGCGUGCUGCCGUGGCCAGCGAGUCGGGUGGCUUGUGUAAUAAACCAGCCCUUUCCUA